AUGACGGACCGGGAAGACUUCAUUUACCGGGCUAAGCUGGCCGAGCAGGCGGAACGAUAUGACGAGAUGGUGGAUUCUAUGAAGAAGGUGGCGGGCAUGGACGUGGAUCUCACGGUGGAGGAGAGGAACCUACUGUCCGUCGCCUACAAGAACGUGAUAGGAGCACGGAGAGCUUCAUGGAGGAUAAUCAGCAGCAUCGAGCAGCGAGAUGAGGGAAAAACCACGGAGGGCAGGAUGAAGCUGAUCAAGGACUACAGGCUAAAGGUUGAAAAGGAGCUUCAAAAUAUCUGUAAUGACAUUCUCAAAGCUCUGGAUGACCACUUAGUGCCAUCAGCUAAAGCCGGAGAGUCCAAGGUCUUCUAUCAAAAAAUGAAGGGUGAUUACUACAGGUACCUGGCGGAGUUUGCCACGGGCAGUGAGAGGAAGGAGGCAGCGGAGAACAGCCUGGUGGCGUAUAAAGCCGCCACUGACUUGGCCACGCAGGAGCUGCCCCCCACACACCCCAUCCGCCUCGGCCUCGCACUCAACUUCAGCGUCUUCUACUACGAGAUCCUCAACUCGCCCGACCGUGCCUGCAGGUUGGCCAAAGCGGCUUUCGACGACGCCAUCGCAGAACUGGACACACUGAGUGAAGACAGCUACAAGGACUCCACACUCAUCAUGCAGUUGUUACGCGACAACCUGACACUAUGGACUUCAGACAUGCAGGGAGAAGCUGAAGAACAAAAACCAGAGCUACUGCAAGACGUGGAGGAUGAAGCAGCCCAGUGA